AUGAAAGUUAUUUCAUCAAAAUGCUUUAUUUUAUUGACUUUAGCCACUUCAAGCUUGUUAACAUCAAGCAUCUUUUGUACAGAUGAAUUAAUGAUGUCCGGUUUUCACAGCAAAGAAAAUUAUGACAAAUAUUCUGAGCCUAAAGGAGACCCUGAGGGAGAAAAGGAAAGAAGUCUCAGUUUUGAAGAGCUCCAAGACUGGGGUCCAAAAACUGUCAUUAAGAUGAGUGCACCCACAGUCAACAAAAUGCCACACUCAGCUGCCAAUUUGCCAUUGAGAUUUGGGAGGACCAUGGAAGAAGAAAGAAGCACUGGGGCAAUGGCCAACCUGCCCCUGAGAUUUGGAAGAAAUAUAAAGGAAAGUAUCUCAAGACAUGUUCCUAAUCUGCCCCAAAGGUUUGGGAGAACAACGGCCAAAAGCGUCGCCAAGACACGGAGUGAUUUGCUCCAACAAUCCAUGCUUUCACCAUCUGCGAGUGAGUUACUCUACUCCAUGAACUGCCAGCCCCGAGAAAUCCAGAAUCCUGAUCAAAAACACCCAUGCAUGGCACAACAGACUGUGCCCGGCGGGGGUGGGGGUUGGGGUGCGGUGCUGGGAGUAUUUCUACACAUAGCACUCUGGGAAAGUUUCAUCAGUUAG